CGCUAUAAAAUGUUCCCAGCGGCACAGCUGCAGAAGGGGCACCGCUGAGCUGCCAAGAGGAGGCUCGCUCCGCCCGGCUGCCCGCCCGCAGCCUGCCUGCGAGGGGUCGUUCCCGGCGAGGAGGAAGAGGGCCGAGGAAGGCACAGCACCCGCUCUGGCCCUCACACAAAAGUUCCAGCUGGCAGCAUCAUCUCCCACCAGUUUAUCCAACUUCUGCCAAGGCUCUGAAAUGCCAACCAUGUCGAGGCCUGCACUUGAUGUCAAGGGUGGCACCUCACCUGCAAAGGAGGAUGCCAACCAAGAGAUGAGCUCUCUGACCUACUCUAACCUGGGAGUGAAAGACCGCAAAGCAGUGGCCAUUCUGCACUACCCUGGCGUAGCCUCGAAUGGAACCAAGGCCAGUGGGGCUCCCACUAGUUCCUCAGGAUCUCCAUCUCCAAUAGGCUCUCCUACCGCCACCCCUCCCACUAAACCCCCACCCUUCAACCUGCACCCUGCCCCUCAUCUGCUGGCCAGUAUGCAGCUGCAGAAACUCAAUAGCCAGUAUCAUGGGAUGGCUGCCGCUACUACGGGCCAACCUGGGGAGGCAGGGCCCCUCCAAAACUGGGGCUUUGCAGCUCAGGCGGGAGGGGCGGGGUCACUCUCUCCUUCUACUGGUGCCCAGAGCCCUGCUAUCAUCGACUCGGACCCAGUGGAUGAGGAGGUGCUGAUGUCGCUGGUGGUGGAACUGGGACUGGACCGGGCCAAUGAGCUGCCAGAGCUGUGGCUGGGGCAGAAUGAGUUUGACUUCACGGCGGACUUUCCAUCUGGCUGCUGAUGCCAACUGUCCCUAAAGAUGGAGGAACGAAGCCACCGAUUCUGUUGUAAAUAAAAAUAAAAGUUACUUACAAAGAGA